AUGAAGCGACGCACGUCUCCAUCUGCAGCAGAUGCGGAUCGGGACAAUCCCCGCCGCCGACGACAACCUCAAACCAGCUGCAAUUUCUGCCGCUCCAAGAAACUCAAGUGCGACCGUGGACAGCCAUGCGCCAACUGCACCACUCGUGGAAUCUCGUGUGAGGGUCAGUCUUCGCUGCCUCCGCGGACCUUUGAUCUGGGGUGGGUCAUAUUCUACUUCCGUUUCACGUAUCUACGAGUCUUCCUAAUAUGCUCCCCUAUCAGGACGAAUGCAGCAGGCCCGGACGCAGUUUUGGAGAGGCUGCACCGGUUAGAGGAAGCCGUCUUCGGCACUACCUCGACUGCAGCAUCUGCGCCUGACGUUGCCGCUUCAACGCAGCCCUCGAGGUCAAGGUCUGCUGAGACGCCUGUGACACAUUCUAAUAGAGCUCAGCGUGAGCACUCGGCCGAGCUGGACUACAACCAUGCUGUUCCAGUGCUCGAAGACUGUGACUUAUUCACGUUCCGCGUCGUGAACAGCGGCCCAUACUUGGAUCCCAAACGUACUCCAGUCAGAUGCAUAGAUAUACCAUGUCGAGAGGACGCUCUGGCUCUGUUCAAGGGAUAUCUUGAUAACACAGACUUCCACAUUGCAAACUUGAUUCAUUAUCCUACAGUAGAAACUAUGAUCCACGGCCUGUACACGCAACUGCUGCAGGGCGAAAAAGUCAAUCUGGGCUCAGCAGCUUUUGUCCUCAGCUUCUGUGCUGCCAGCGCCUUCUUCUGGGACCAGGAGUUCUCCUCAACUCUCGACUUCUUGUCCGAAGAGAACGCCGCCGCCCACUCGCACGCAUGGCGGACAGCCGCAUUCGAUUUGUUAGACCAGUUGCAACGGUCAGCCCUGAAUUCACUCGAUGCAAUUUAUGCCCGGCUCAUCCUCGCUGAUCUAAUUUACAACAUGGAGGGCACUUCGUCACGUUUUCGUUACAUCCAGAGUGGCGCUCGUACGGCAGCUUAUGAGAUGCGGUUGCAUCUGACUGAUCUGCCAGGCCGAGAGACUGCGGAUACCGGUUUCUCUCGUGAGAUGAAGAGACGGAUAUGGUGGUACCUUGCCUCGACGGACUGGCUCCUAGGCUCGAUGGGAGGCCCAUCCGAUAGGAUUUAUAACGUCAAUCCAAGACACAUGCAGGUAAAUUACCCUCAAUUUAUCGAAGAGUCGGACCAAAUGAUUCAUGCGUAUGGCGCAUGGUCGGAAAUGGCGCUCCUGCACACGAACAUGCGAAUUCGCCUUGGAGAGAUCUGUCGCCAGGUUGUCGACGCCUUGCCUUUAGGUUCUGGUAAUAUCGACAAUCUGCCAUAUUCGAAGAUCGUAGCCUUGAAUCGACUCUACGAGCAGCUUGAGCUAGAUAUACCAGCAGUGAUUCCCACGGCGGACAUUAGUUCUUCGGACACCACAGCGCAAAGGCUAGCUCUCCAGCGAUCUAUCGGUAUGCUGUCUCUAAAUGCGCGGUGGGCCAGGCUUCUGAGACCCUUGUUGCAAGCCAGCAGCCUGCCAAAACAAUUCGAGGUCUUCCGCAAGAGGUGUCUGAACUCAACAGAAACGGUUAUCGACAUAGCAUCGACAAUACUUAGUGCGGCUGUCGACUCGCCGAGCUCGACUAAUUCUGAGGGCGGACGCAUGAACUCGCGUAGUCCUUACCGCAGCGGACUCGUUAUAAACCACCUGUUUAUGGCAUGUGCAAUCCUCGCCACAGACCCAGCACUUCGUGAUAAUACUGGUACAGGAAGAAGCAUGCACACAGACGCUGGUACAGAACGCAGAAGGUCUGCGCUAGCAAAUGCGUGCCGGCUACUCGAAAAGGCGGGUGAGAAAAGCGAGAUGGCAGUUGCAAUGGUGCGGAGGCUGGUUAGUGUCCUGCGGAAGCACCAGGUUCAUGGUGUGGAGGUUCCGCCAACUACGCCUGGCGCGCUCGAUAUGCCGGAUCAAAGCUCAGUGCAGAAGCCGCAGCAGACUCUGCCCAUGGCAGACCUCUCGGUGAUGCCUGUAGGGCAACAACAAGACGUCACGUAUGGCUGGGGUUGUAAUGCAGGUAUGAUGGAUCCAAUCGGACUCGGUGGGAUUUGGAACGAGUUUCUUGAGACAAACCCCACAGAUGACGGAUGGCAGCAGCUGUUUGCAGAUCUAGAUUCUUUCGCCGGAGGGGUAUAA